AUGCCUGUCUUCCAUCGGUUCUGGCCUACGCGACAGCCACAAGUAUGUGGCUUUUCUCCAUCUUUACCCCCUUCUCCGGUGGAGCCUCCGUCUAGAUGCAAUUCUCCGUCUCCGUGCAAAGCGGACCCCGCUCCACUCAAACCCUCCCCUUCCGUCUCAUCAGUAGUAUCUAUACCCCUGAGCCAUGUAUUUGCUGGCACCCAUACCACGGUUCCGUUGCCGUCUGGGAAACCUGGGUUUCCUGAACUUAAUUCGCAACUGCCAAACUCUAAACCUCCAUCCCCAUGGCGUAUACAACAGGAUGUUCCAGCGGAUAUCCCAAAGGAUGUCUCCCAGGAGAAACCUACUACUACUGCAAAGGCGCCAGUGACAUUUGAUGAGACCUCUGGAGUUGAAUUUGGUGUAUCCCUUCCCCAGUUUGCUGCCCAGUUCCGUCUUAAACAGCACCAGGAAGCCCAGAAACGCAGUCUAUUGCAACGGCUUCGCAACUCUCACAUUUCGAUUUGCCUUUCCUCUCGAUUGCUCAGGCUUGGAGCAAUCUCUCACAAAGGUUUGGUUGAAAGUUUUAAACAUGGUGAAAAGUCUAGUUUUAUUUCGAUUUACAAUACCAUCCAUGAUAUCCGUGAGGCGUGUGACCCCUCCUCCACUUCUGCCACUGCCACCUCAUUCUCUUCCUCAUCGUCACGCACCGCCAACUCAAUCCUAGGACGUGAUUCCCUCUUUAGACUCACUGGUAUUUCCACCUUCGAUUCGGAAAUCCGCCGCCCCUAUAGUUUUGUGCACCAACUCACCCCAACCUCCAGAGAGAACCUAUUGGAGAUUUUAACCCUGGUCCGCACGGAUCCCCAAUUCCUCUUUGAGCGCAUUGGUAACUUGCUCCCCGCUCAGCUCUCCUCCCUUGUCCCAGCUGUCUACUCACUUGAAGUCAGCGAUUCUGUUUUGCCUCUGACUUCCCGCGGAAGAACAGCAGCAACUCAACCUCUGUUCUCCAACAAGCGCCCUACUGCUGCUGCACAUCCCACUGCUUUCAAAGAGCAUGCUUUGGGUUUCGAGAGAACAGACCCUCUCUCCUCUUUGAUUUUUAAUUGUUUUGAUUCUGCGGGGUGCUUCGACUCCCAUGAGGCCCGGUUACGUUUGGACGUUUGGUCUUCCACCUGCGCAAAAUUGGUUUCCUAUGGUGGAAGCAGUCAUUAUUCCUUUGUUGGCCAUCUGCUUUCUGCCUGGUCAACAUCCACAGAAUGGAAGGUUAAGCCCAAAUUUGAGAUUUAUUUGAUGGAUGUUCUCCAGAAGGGCGCGUUUCUCUUGGAAUAUCCGGAGAAUCACCGCAGGCUUGCUACUAGUGGUGGUGGUGGUGGUGCUCGUGACGGUAGCGAACUCCCUGAUCCUCUGCGAACUGGUGUUGCUGAGGAAUUUUUCCACUCUGCCGUUUGCCAUCUAUUUAAGGUGCUAGAUGGCUCUGACGGAGGCUUCCCGUUUGGUGCGCUGGAGUUUGGAAAUGCCAUACUGGCCAAGCUUGGGAUGACUGAGAGCCGCACGCGUGCUUUGGAGUAUAUCUUUUUCCAGUGGUUCUUUUGUAAAUUUCUGCAUAAUGCCCUUUUAUUCCCGGAGUCCAACGGUUUGUUACUCGAUUUCCAUAUUUCAAAGGAUGCACGGGAGAGGCUGCUUGGGCAGAUUUCGCUCCGUGCGCAGUCCCAAGUAUUACGGGUGCUACAUUCCCUCCCACAAUUUUCAAUCGCCAAUGCCGGUAUUAGGAUCCAUGUUGAUAAUAUGAUCUCUCAUCUUUGCAAUCCGAUUCCCACAUCACAGGUGAACCUCAAUCCUCCCGCGGCCAGCUCAGUUAUAGAAGGAAAUCUUCCUGAACGAUUCCUUCUACUCUGUCCAACGGAUAUCAUGACUAUUUUGGAUGUCCUUUUCCCCAAGGCCCCACCGGCUUUCUUCCACUCACCUGAACCAUUCCAUCAUCAAUCAAUCCCGUCUUCUCCUACUAGUUCAUCUUCCUCACGAAACGACCGACCUAAUCGAGUAUUUGGGCCAAACCUUUUCCAAGGCAGAAUCGAUACUUUUUCUUCAACCGCCAAAACUGUGUUCACUACCGAGAUGAGUUUCCAGGAUGCCACAAGGACCUACACGGUACCAAGCAGUAACUCGGUUAGCCCAGUAUCUACUCAAAACUCCCUUGCUCGAAUCGCAGACCGCAUUCGCUAUGAGCUAUCUGAGAUUAACGAGUCGGAAGAUCGCCCCACUAUGGGCCAUCCAUCGAGCGAGGACUGGGCUUUGAUCUCUAUUUCAAACGGCGGGAACACUCUGGAGUUAAUGCCAUCUCUCGAUCAGGAACUGGAGACUAGAGAGACAUUUUUCAAUGAUGAUUCGGGGAGCCGUUCUAGACUACCCAAGGCAGAUGACGAUCAGGAGAUGUUACAGGAUGCCAUUGUCAAGCUGAUUGAUGACUUUGAAUCCCUCGAUGGCUUCUUUCCGUAUGAUCCAAUUUCUUCCCCUACAACAGGGACAACUGAACCAUCCCUUAAGCUGAUAUUUGCCCAUGCUAUGAACCACUGUCAUUCCCAUGCUGACUUUGUUGGCGCUCAUUACUGGUGGAAUGCCUCUCGACUUCUCCAGAAAUCUUACCCAAUGUUCUGGGCCACCCGAAAUCACUCUAAACUUUUGCACCCCAUGUUUUUAUCGUUGAAAAAAUCUAUCGAGAGGUCAAGUACCGUCAUUGAAAGUUGUGAAAGCAGGAUAGUGGAUCUAAAGCCGGCAAUGAGUCGACUUCGGUCUAUGACCAAGAACAUGAUGACAGGUUUAGCGAAGCUGAGAAACAAGAUGUGGUAUAUGACUGAUGUCAAAAACUCGUUGAGAUAUGAAGAGGCGAAAAGCGUCGCUCUCGCACUACAGACAAUGGCUGGACCGCAGUCGGUAUCGCCGAUUCCCGAGCCGAAACAAUCACGGUACGGAUCACGAACUCUUGGCGCAUCAUUCCUUCAGAAACCGGAGAUUCAGACUAUGAAUGCGAUGAAGGCACCGGGAAGUCAGGGUGGUCGAUCCAAAUUGUCUGACGAACAGGUUGAUAUGACGAGGAAGUGGUUGCAGCGUUCUGGGAUUGAUAACUUCUGCAAGGGUGAGGAACGGAUCCAUCGGUUUUGCUUGGAGAUUAAAACCGCAGUCGGGAAACUGGUUGGGGACACUAUGUAUGAAACACCGGUUUUGUGGUCUAGUGAGCUCUAUCAGAAGGAACGCUCUAAAUACGAUGCAUCUGGUACAAGAACUGUCACAGGGCUUGGUGCGUCGAACAUUCGACCCUCAAGCAUCACCAGUGAAGAGUCGCUGUAUCAGCCACCGUCAAGCAUGGGUGCGGGCAUGAGCUCUCGGCCGUUUGACCACCAUUUCCUCUCUUUAAACGAAGCGCCAUCGAUAGUGAGCAAAUCAUCUUUCCAAAGCCUUGCGUCGGAGAGAUGGAGAUCGGGCCGGGAUGCCGCUUGCGGUGAUACUUCUUCUAUCGGUGACUCACCUGGUAGAGCUAUAUCGACAUCCGCAAGUGACUCCACGUUCUGGUCCCCAAUGCACACACAAGCACAGUCGACAACGAGCGCCUCGAGUUUCCACUCCCAGCCCCCCUCAAUGUUUAAUGAUGUCUUGACAUCCAGACGGACCGAGCGGAAUGUUCAUGGCAAAGUUGCAUUUUUGGACGAACUUAGGCAAACCCUAACGAGUUUGUUGUUGAGUGAUCUUGGCUCUCCUGUUUGGAGCUGUGGAAGUGAAACCGAUGCUUGGUUUUCGAUUUAUUUGAACCAGCCACGUAUCCAACGACAGAUGGAGAGAAGGGCACGCCUGGAAAGAUUUUUAGAGGAAUGUGCGUCUGGCACUGAUGAGAGUGAUGGGAAGAGUUCUUCCAUCUCCCAUCGACUCAGACGAAGCAAAUCUGCAGACGCGAUUCUGCUUAGGGUUGUUAACGCGCACACGGAAACAGAUCUCCGUACACCAACCCCGACGCAGUCUUUAUAUCUGAAGGAAACGCCGGAUGACGCGUUUGAUUUUGCCUAUGAGUCUGUUUUUCGCCAGUUGAUGGACAGGUUUUCUCGACAAUCCAAUCCUUACACCAAGCUUAAAGCACUGCAGGACCUUAGGUCACUAGUGAUCUCAUCAUUGAUCUCCACAUAUGACGACCAGGCUGGAGUGGGUUUUGGUGCGUCGAACGGAACCUCAUCUGCUCAAUCAGGAUCCAACUGCUUUCAGCACAAUAGCUUGUCAGAAGGAUCGAGAUUUCAACUAUCACAGCCACCUUUUCCACAGGUCGACACCCGAAACCAAAUCCCUUACUUCCCCAUGUGGGGAUCCAUGACAUCAUCUCAUUCCUCAUUUGCAACCUACACACCCUCUGAAUCAGAAAUUAUAGUCGCAAUGCGCGACCUAAUCCAAAGCAUGCAACCAAAAACCCUCUUCCGCGACCUCCAAUUCAUCUCUGCCUUUAUCCCAUCCGAAAUUCUUAACAAAUCUGCAAGUGGGACUGCAUUCCUCCAAUUCGGCCUGGCCGCAUUCGCCUUGAAAGACGACGUGUGCAACAGCAUGGUCGAGAUCGCGGAUAGUAUUGUCUCGCAGGAACUCAGCAAGCGGCAGCAGCGGCACCAUCAUCAUAAUCACCAACACUAUCACACUGAAAUGUCCCACUUCGCUGUCAGCAACUUCGAUGCCUCCACUCCCGCUCUCGAGGACGCGAAGUGGAUGUGGAUCAAUACAGCGCGCGAAGGAAACCCAGUUGCCCAGCGAGAGCUGGCGAUCCUCUACCUGACGCACCCGGAGAUUCUUCCACGUGUAACGCUUCCACUUACAAUGCCACGCGACACGUUCAAGGCGGAAAUGAUGUAUCGGCGUGAUGGGGAUUCCAAGUCCGAUCCGCAGAGUAUGUGUCUUGCACUUCAUUGGAUGCAGUUGUCGGCUUCUGGGGGGGAUGAGUUGGCUAGAAAUAGGUUGAGAGAGAGGGAAGAGUUUGAUUUGAUUGCUUAG